CACGACGACACACCAUACACUGUGCACGCUCAUCAGAUCUGCAGGCAGACCAUCGAUACAGAUAGAAAGAUCCUAUCUGAUUGUGAUAUCGAUGACAUCCAAUCGAAAUCGCCAAUAGAAACAUACAUUCUGCAUUGCGGGAUUGGCGGACGACACAGCACUAGACACACCCCUACCAAUCCUCUCAUCCCCUCUCAUUGACCUCCCCUGAGCAUCAUGGCUCUGGUUCGAGGCGUGUUGAGCUGUCUGGCGUUGACCUGCGUUUUCUGGUCACUCCCUACCCGAGCCAGCACCAACGAUGCGGCUGAAGCCUCCUCACCCAAUGGCGAAUCCACGUCCACCUUCUUCCGCGUCGAGGGUAAAGUCGUGCCGCCUGAGAAUAAAGGCACGGAUUUUUAUUGGCGAACCCGGAUCGUGGUGGAGGGGGGCAAGCGGGUCGCUUUCUUAAAGGAGGAUAAUUCGUUUGCCAUCCACGGAUUGAGUUCGGGUUCCUACUUGGUGGAAGUGCUCCAUCCGGACUUCUUCUACGAGCCGGUCCGCAUCGAUAUCACGUCCAAAGGCAAGAUCCGCGCUCGGAAAGUGAACAACGUCCAGCCCACACAAGUCAAUCAAGUGCCCUACCCAUUGAAGAUGAAGUCCUUGGGCCGUCAUCGAUAUUUUCAAAAGCGGGAAGAGUGGAAAAUUACGGACAUGCUUAUGAACCCGAUGGUGAUGAUGAUGGUUCUUCCGCUCUUGCUCAUCACGGUUUUACCCAAGAUGGUCAAUGAUCCGGAUACCAAGAAGGAAAUGGAGCAAAUGCAACAAUCCAUGAAUAUGCCCAAUCAGAUGCCGGAGAUGAGUGAGAUGAUUGCCAAUUUCUUCAAUAGCGGUGCUCCGGACAAACAGAAACGGAAGAACAAACCCGUCACCCGUGGGAAAUGAUUUUGGGAAUAAAAAUUACUUUUUUUCCCUUUAGCCACAUUUUCCCUCUUCGCUUGUCAAUUGUUAUGUGAUUUCUAGUGCUUAGGAUUUGUCAUUAAACUACACUCAUACUUUUAGGCCAA